AUGUUGGCUGACAUGCGUUUUGACUUCUCAGGCGGCAACCCCUUUGCAAAUCUUUUGAAAGAGUUGUUAGAUGGGGCGCCGUCAGGGCCCGCAUACCACAACAUGGAUUUCUACAGUUUUGCCAAGUUAAUGCGUGAACUGUCGAUGGACAUGGCGGAAACACGGUGCAACAAGACGUCGUGGGGCGUUGCAGCUACAGAUCUUUUUGUGGACAUCGAGGAGGCUUUGAUGGAACAUUGCCUUGGUUUGGCACCUUCUGCGAAGGCAUCCUUAGCCAGUCCUUUGGCAGUCCGGCCAGUUGCAGAUGACAGCGGUGAAAUCUUGACAGACUUGGGCAGGGUAGAGGAUAAUGAGCAGAUAGCAGCUCAGCGGGCCUACCACUUGCUGCUUGUGAACUUGCCCUUAGGGGUCUAUGUGCGAAAUUCUCCACAUCUGUACGAGAUGUUAGCUCGAUUGCGGCGUCUGUGGGAAAGGAGGCCAGUGGAAUCGGUCAAGCAAAUGCGUGGAAUUUUGGAUGAAGAAGGCCACCACUAUUCUGUUCUGGUGUAUGCAACUUUUGCGGCACUGCAGGUGCUGUUUCAGGUUGCCGGCGCCCAUGGAGGGGCAUGGAGACUAAGCAAACUGUGGCCCUUGAACGGGUCUUCUUCAGACUCCUCGUCGUGCUUCUUUUGUGAGCAAACGAUGUUUCGUGGCAUUUGGGUCCCUUGCAAGGUGGAUGAGAUAACUGCGCGACUGCAGUGGUCAUUCAACUCCUUUUCCCGAGAUGUGGAUGGAGUGCGCCGAGUGUUGCGGUUCUAUGCCAAGUCAGCCGGGACUGCCAUAGCUGCGCUUGCACGGCAAGAGCGGCAUAUUCUAUUGUUGGUGGCUCGCCGCCACCCGAACCAAGAGGACUGGGCAUUUCCCAUGCAGUUCUUCAGCUGGCAUGAAAGUAGGGAAGGAAGUUUGGAGAGAGAAUUGGUGCUGCCGCCUUUUGCGGCAUACGAGUUUGAGUCUGACUUGGAGAUUUCAAGCUCGAUGCCCAACAUCAUCCGUGAGGAGAAGAUUUCUGCACUAGAGAAAAGAUGGGGCCUGCCAGGGAAAUUCUUUUCCUCCGAAGUCCCCAGGCUGAAGAAAUGGUUAGACGAUCCCAGGUCAAUGAUUUUGCACGACUUGCUUGGCUCUCCGCCCCGACUUACCGUCCGCUUCAUCCGAAACAUCAGCUUGGCCAAGCCAGUGCAAGACUUGCUAGAAUCGAAGGCAUCCUGCUUGCUUCGUUUUCCACCCUGCUGGCGCGUUGUGGGAGGUGAGCAUACUGGAGGUCUGCUCGUGCGGAAUGGUGCGACUUUAGACACGGCAGAGUUAUCCGAGCGGUUGCAACAUGGUGCAUUGAUUGCAGAGGUGGAAACGAGAGGUUCUCGCAUGCACUAUCGCAAGCUCGUAGGCGAAGGACCGCAAGAAGGCUGGAUAACAAAGUUCGUCCAGCAGAGUGGAAAGUUGCUGGUGGUGCGGGAGCGUUGA